AAUACUAAUAAAAUGAAUUGUGUGACCAAGAUAUCUGAUUAAUGGUUUAAAUUAUGUCCUAAAUAUUGACAUGAUACAAUGGCUUAUAAUUACUAGAAGUAAAGUACAUGUUUGCUAUUUUUGCUUCACAACGCAAAAUUUUCGCCGUUAACGCAAGUCUUAAUUUUGACUGUUUCAACACUGUUUUUGAACAGUGUAGCUAUAGUUUUGUUGACUGGUUGCAUUGAUCAUAAAUAUCUUACUACAAUUGAUUUGCUGUAAUAGGUUUAUAAAAUGGACCCGGAACUCUGGACCAUAAAAGACGUAGGUACAUAUCUUGACGAAAAUGAUUUCAAACAAUACAGGAAGCUGUUUUGUGAAGAAAAUAAAAUUGAUGGCAGAGUGUUUCUAUCGCUGACUGAAAACGAUCUCAAACAAUUACCUCUGCAAAUCUUGCCAUUUGGAGAUUUAAGAAGACUAUGCUUUCUCAUUGAAAAUCUAAGAGAAGAAAAACGCAAUCGUGACCAGAAAUCAAGUGAUUCUCCCUUUAAACAGACCUAUUCGACAUUCAAUAAUUACAUCCACUCGGAACAAUCAUCAACACGAUCUGGAUUAUCUUCCCCUUCCGGUGGAAUUUCGAUUACCGAUUCUGAUGACGAUUCUGUUCAGUUCAGAAAGAAACUGAAAUUGGACCGACGGAAAUUUGCACUGUCUGUUUUGUAUCUAUUCUGUUCUCAUUUCUUCUCGGGUUUUGCUGUGACGUAUGCACAGGAAAAUUUACCAGAUAAAAAGAAAUAUCCACCAUUACCAGAUAUAAUUCUAGACAAUUUGCCGUUUAUACCAUGGGCUUAUCGAGUGACAGAAGGAGCUAUUUUUUUCCUUAUUAUAAUCGGACUCAUAAUGUUGUUUUUCCAUAAAUACAGGUUUCUAGUAAUUCAGCGAUUAAUGAUUAUAGCUGCCACAAUCUACCUUCUACGAUCCUUCUGUGUGAUGUCUACAGCCAUACCAAUGCCACAGAAAGAAUACAACUGUAAUCGUAUUGAAGUAAAAGAUGGCUGGGAGAGACUGGCACGUGUCGUACGGUUCUAUGCAGCCAUUGGUUUAAAGUCGAACGGAAUAAAGACGUGUGGAGACUAUGUGUACAGUGGUCAUACUGCUAUAAUGACUUUACUUGUGCUCAGUAUUAAUGAAUAUACUCCUCGCAGUAUGAUUUGUUUACAUACAUUAAACUGGAUAGUUGGUAUUUUCGGAGUAUUUUUCAUUCUUCUAGGACAUGGGCAUUACACACUGGACAUACUAUUGGCAUUCGUCAUUUCAUCUAAACUUUUCUCAUACCAUCACACUAUAGCAAUCAAUAUGUCACUAAUAUCACGUGACACACAUCGUAUGAAGAAGUGUUUCCCGGUGCUAUAUUAUUUUGAGCAAGACACGGACGGACAUAUUCCGAACGAGUACGAAUGGCCGUUACCGAAGGUAAAGAAAGUCGAAUCGUUUUACAGUGAUGUCAAAUUUAGUUUUGGAAGUUAUUUCAGUUCAAAAUCGAAACAAGAUGUGUAGCUUUAGUUGCUUGUUAAGGACAUUACGGUUAUAUUUAUAAAAACAUAAUGGGAUCAAAUUUGGAAAAUGAAUAUCCAUUCAGCUUUAUAAUGAAUAACGGGAAGAUCUUUAAUCCAAAGGCAUAACUAAAGCUCGAUACAUGCUAUAUGUUAAUGAGAGGCGUUCAUGGACUUCAGAGAAAUAUCAGCUAAGACGAACAAACUUAAUAACUUGAGAAUCUAGUAUCAAUAGCGUCGAAGACUGAAACAUGUUAAACGAGGAAACAGCGAGUAUAACUUUAGAAUCUAGUAUCAAUAGCGUCGAAAGACUGAAACAUAUUAAACGAGGAAACAGCGAAUAUUGAGAUUAAGGAUCCUCAGUUUGAUAAACUUGAAAAAUGUACACAAAUGUAGUGCUUUGAGAUUAGAUUCUAUCAUUUGGAUAAGAUGAUUGCAUUUUUUUUUUGUGAAAUAAUUCACGACAACACGCGUGAUUUUACAACUCACGACAUUGUGUGUCAUGUCAAAACUCACGAUUGUCACCCGACUGUUAUAUUAAACUUCUGCAAUAUUCAAUCUAUGUCGAUCAAUUGAGGAACUUGUCAUCUAAGAAUCAUGUCUGUUUCUCAGACUUAAGAAAUAUCAGAAAAUACAUGUAUAAUCCAUUUAAAAUACAUCAAAACAUUCCAUAUUUUGUAGAAUUUUUACAGAAUUCUGGAAGUUUUCUUUUAUUCUGGUGGUCACUGAAGAAAAUUGCUGGUCCUCAAUUUAUAUCUAUUGCAAAAUACAAAUACUCCAUACGUGGGUCCUUUGUGGUACCACUUUUUGAGAACUCUGAUCUUUCGCUACUUCAUUCCAGAGUAAUUUUGAACGACUAUCUAUAUUCCGUAAUUUUAACGGACAUUUUUGUUGAACUUGAUUAUGUUAAUCAAUUACAUAAACAAAAAACGUGCAUAAUUUAAUUUUAGUAACUAUGAAUACAAUGAAAUUAAUAUGUUGAUUUAUAAUCAAAUAAUUAUUUUAAAGGUAUUUUUAAACACCAUGUGUUUUGUACCGUUUGAACCGUCUUUUGCCUGGUUAAUUGAUAUGCCUGAUUAUAUAGAGGCUUUACGUUAGUUUAGUUGGACCAAACACAUAUGUACCUGUAUUUCAGUUUCUUCUUCUUACCCUGAACUGUGAAGCCUAUCAUUACUACCCCGAAUUGUGAAGACUACCAUAAAAUGUGAAGCCUACCAUGAUAUGUGAAGUCUAUCUGAAAUGUUCAGCCUAUCCUUACUCAUGUUAUGUAAAUGUUUGGUUUGGCACCAUGAAGGUCAAGUAAUUUUUUUGUACAUUCCUAUAUAUUGCAUUUUUGUUUUGGCCAAGGAAAGUUCAAAUACGUACAGUUUUUUUUUCAUCGGUCUAUGAAUUGUUGGUGAUAAUGAAUAUUUUUAUUUGUUCUACAUAUAUAUGUAUAUUAUGUCAAAUUAUGUUUUGUAUUGUGUUUUCUACCUCGCACUUUAAUGCAAAUAUGUAUUAUAAAAUAGGAAAUUUGUUACUAUUAUGUUUGUUAAAGCAUUUCAAAUGAAAUCAAUGAAAUAAGUGUAAAAUGUACAGUUGACCUUUAUUACAAUUGUUAACAAACCCGAAUGGAAUUCAAAUUAUACAUGAUGGUCAAAAUGAAAAAUGUAUAUCUCGACUUCUUUCGGCAGACUUUUGUUUGUUUAACUUUAGUCAUGAAUUCAUUUGACUGAACGUUUUUUUUUCGUGAAAAAAAAAUAUUUCUAAGUAUUGUAUAUACAAAUACCAAUAAGUUCAAUAUUUUAAAAUUCUCUCAAGAUUAUUUUUUUACUAAGGCGGGUUUUACAAGCUUUGGUGAAAUCUAUUUGAAGAUAAUAGGUAUGUGUAUGCACAUUCAAAUUUGUAAUGCAUGUGUGCAGUGUGCAAGCCAGCGCAAUCAUUAUUUAUUAUCAUACAUUUACACAACCAAUGGUUUUGACAAUCAUCUUCGUGCUAUUUUAGUUAUAAUUUAUGUUUUAGAUUAUUUAUUUAUCAAACAAAUAUUUUAAUAAUAAAAACACUUUUCAGUUUGUA